AGCGCACAGUGGCACUAUUGAUGUUAUCUCGGCAAUUAUUAUGGUGCUGGAUUAUGUGUCUGUCAUUUUUUCUGUAUAUUCUACCACGAAAUCAAAAAGUAAAAACGAAACGAAAUCAGCUUAAUUUCACGCAACAUUCGCAGUGUCAGUGAAAAUUAAUCCUUCACUACUAAAUCACCGCAAACUGCAAAUCUACACUGUACCUAUACUUAGCAUCGAAAACAAGGGAAAGAUGCCUCUCUAUUCGAAGAAUGGUAAGCGCAUGGGCGCGGCCAGAACGGCGAAAUUUUACCCCGACGGAGUAACGCCGAAGACCCAGUGCCCGCUCUUGAGCGAGGCGCGCCUCUCUCCCUGCCACCCCAUGAACGAUUCGCCCAACAUUGACUACUUCGAGGGACGGCCCAAGCAGCCGGAGCCGCAGAUUCUCGUGGCUGAUGACCUGGGUUUGCUGAAGACCAUCAGCACCACGGAGAUCAAGAAAAAGGAGAUUCAGCAGGUGUUUGGCGAAACGCGCAAGGGGAACAAAAAUCAGGGAAUUUCGGUUCUCGAGUGGCUGCCGGGGCACAAAGGGGUGGUGGUUGGGAGGACAAGUGGCGUGGUGGAGGUCUUCAAGUACCUCCCACCGGUGGUCGUCGCGAAAAAGAAAUCGUACCGGCAGGUAGUGAAAAGUAGUAUUGAUGGUAGAUCUUCUGUGGCAUCCUCGAAGACGAAGCAAGGAGCGCCAUCUUCAUCGAGUAAAAACGCGUCGAGUUCUACUUCAAAGAGACCUGCAAAAGCCGAUGUAGUGGAGAUGGCCAGUGACGAUGAGGACGACAGUGAGGACGAAGAAGGCGAAACAACUCUGAAGAAUGACAAGUUCUCAGAGGACGAGGAGCAGAGUGACGAAAAAAAACCGGCGAAAAACAGCGAAGAUAGCACGAAUAAACCGAAAGAAGAGGAGCCGCAGGGGAAAUUCGUCACAACGCCUGUCUUCAGUUUCGACUUAAAGCUCGCGCUGCACCCAAAGGACCCGACGAAGAAUGAGAAACUGAUCUUCGCAACUGGGUGCUGUUUCGAGAAGAAAGAGCAGAUGAGCAAGCAGGAAGGAGCUACCACUAGCACAACAGUACAGCUACGAGAAGAAGAACAAGACCAUGCUGAACCGACGAAGCUUCUCGUUUUGUCCUCUCUGGGUAACGUGUGGAUGCUGGACCUCGACAUGGGUACUCUUCUGGCCGCCGCGGUGGAGGAAGAUCAAGAUGGUGACGACGCUACUACGAGCAAGAAGAAAUACAAUUACAAAAAAGCCGAAUCCCCCUCCUCGAAGAAAUUGUCCACCGGCGCGUCCGGUGCAACACCAGCAUCAGAAGAACUACUGCACUUGAAACCCACCUUCACCUUACCCGGGACCUUUAUUCAGCCGCUGGACAAGAAGUGGGCGACCUCGAUCAAGCCGCGGCCGUGCGUGAAGGCCGCGUCCUUCCGGGAAGACGUAGAGCAGUUGGCGUACUGCGGGGUAGAUAACGAUGUCCGGGUGUUCGACGUGCGGGAGCGGAAAUUGGUGUGGAAGGCGAAAAACCUGCCGAACGAUAAAUUGGAUCUCCAGGUCCCAAUCCGCUACUCGAGGAUACACUGGGCGACUGAGGUAUAAAAUCAGGAAUGCUUUCGCUUUUUGUACAGAAAAAAAAAAAGAAUUAUGCACGAUGCAUGACAAUGCAGGAGCAGGAAGAUCAAGAUGACCAAUAGUACCAUUUGCAAUCCUCGAGCACGUCAAGAACGUUGUAUUUGCAGAUUCCCAGCAACACUGAUAGCUUGUGACUUCACAAAAAGAAAAAAUCCUAUAUGCCCAGGCCCUCGACUGCGACACCGCGUUGGUGUGCUGCACGAUGGACGGCAAAAUCCGGGUUUUCGACAUGAAAGCGAAGCAACUGCGCGCCCUGUUUGACCUCCCCGUCGUGUACAAGCGGGAACGAUCCAUCGGGCACGCGGGCGCCGCGGGGAAGGAGGAGAGACCGAUUACCGCGUCGGUGUUGACCGACAACGGAAUUCUGGCUGUGGGCGACACGGUCGGGAAUCUCGAUAUUUUUGACUUGACCAAAACGAAACCGUAUUUGACGGGAACGCCGGACUCCUUGCUUUUUCAGAACAAAAUGGUCAAGGACAUCCCCAAAAUCGCCUCCAUCGCCCAUCACGAGUACGUCUGGAAGGGGCAGAUCAUCAAGUACCUCGGUGCGUGUGCCCCCGAGGGAUCCGCGAUUCGAUCGCUGUGCUUCAUCCCGCAGACAAAGCAACUCGCGAGCGUCGGGCUGGGCCGGUUCGCGACCGUCCACAAGGCUUUGGAGUCGGAUAAACGACGGGAACAGGAUAAAAAGACGUACAUGAAACAAAAACUUACCGCAGUCGUGGCGUUACCCCCGGUGGAUCUGAGCAAGGUGAAAGUGGAAGGGGAAGGAGAAGCGGAGACGCAGAAAACGGAUAAUUCGAAAGCAAGAACUACACCCGCGUCGUCUUCAAAAAACACGGCGGCAACUACCACAGCCGAUGCAGAUGAACCUGGUUCAGACGGCGCGGAGGAGGAAGAGGAAGAAGGCCUGUUGAGCGAUGACGAUAUUGUGUCUGAACUCAGCUACGGCAGCUACGUACAGGAGUUUGACGACGAUGACGAAAGUUCAGAGGAGGUUGCCCCUCCGCCGAAGAAGAGGAGAAAUAGGGGGAGAAAGUGAAUUAGUAUGAAAUCAGGAUGAUACAUAGGUCGGUUUCCAAGCCCCUGUUGAGCAUGCAGUAGGAACUUGUAAAGCUUGUUUGGGAACGAGAUAUCAUCUUUCUACACUAGUACAUGCUACAUGACAUUGACACGCAUCGCCAUAGAAUUGCGCACAGCCACUUUUUCAUAUAUUUAGAAUAGAGAUCUCUAGCAGAACGUCACACAUUGAAAGCGAAUUUUAGUUGUUCCAUAUUGAUAUUGCUGGACAGGCCCUGGCGCUGGCGCUCAUGGUACUUCUCGUCCAAAUUAUCCCCCUCUUUGGUCUUUCG